AUGAUGGAUAUUUAUCAAAAGGCUCUUAAGAACCCUGAUCCUCCCAAAAAACCCACAUCAACUACUACCACUCCACCUUCAUCUACUAGCACAGAUUAUCCCACUCGUCUCCCACCGAUAAACUACAAUAACACUAAUGUCAAUAGUAUGAAUUAUAACUACUCCCCUGACAAUGGUUCGAUCACUGGUAAUACCGCCAUCACCGACACCAACACUACUACUACUACUACCAAUGUUAGCAACGAAAAUAGUAAUAGUAACAGCAGUACUAAUAGUCCUAAUAGCAGACCAGCAUCUACCCAUACUUCAGAAGAAAUCAAAAAUACUGUCAUUAAAAAGAAGAAAAACUCAAGGCGAAAGCACCGUAAUUCUCAUUUGGGUUGUGGAACUUGUAAAAAACGAAGAAUAAAAUGUGAUGAAACUUUACCUGCUUGUUUAAAUUGUUUAAAGGGGAAGUUGCAUUGUGCUUAUUUAAACUUGGAUAAUAAUGCUAGAAAUGCUCUUAGAGUUGCCCAAUACAAUCAAACCAUUCGUCAAGAAAAAUUGGAUGCCAAUAGUUCAUCAUCCACAGCAAAUAUUACCAACAAUACAAAACUAAUUGAUCCUUUGAAAGGAAAUAUCUUGGUACAACAACAACAACAGCCAGGCCUUGUCCAGUCUCUUGGUCAUGGUAUAUCAAUUAUACCUCCUCAUCCUUCCACAUCUGCUGGUGCUGCUGCUGCUGGAUCUCAAAACAACCCUUUAAUGGCUGCAGGUCCAGGCUCUUAUCCAAUUGCAGCUACUGUUUUACCAAAUAAUCAAACACUUGUUACUGCAGUACCACAAUCACUGCAGGCUAGUAUGACCAUGCCACCAUUCGCCAAUUCAAUACUUGCACCAGGAAUUCAAGCUAACGCAUCUCCGCCUAUUAGCACUACGAAUUUAAAUUCCUCAAUUACUAAUUCAACUUCUACCACUAACACCAAUACUGGUACCGAUAUAACCCCUUCUGGCUCCACUUCUGAUAAUGUUCAAAAUAUAGCUCUGGCACCACAAGUUGUUCAAUCACCAUAUGGACCAAUGAUCCCGUUAUUAACUCAAACUGGAUCAGUGGUUUAUGCUCCAACUCAUUCAUUAGUACCAGCACAACCAUCACAAUUAACACCGCAACAAUUACUGAAUAAUGUAGCAUUUGCUAAUGCAACUGUUCCUGCCACUGGUCCAUUAGCACCAACAUUGAGUCAACCUUCUAUCCUACCAACAACAACAGCAACAACACAUACUACAUCCCCUAGUAUUCCUACAUCAGUUGCACCGCUAACAGUUUCUAGGACAUCCACAUCAUCAGGUAUUAUGACUAAUGUUUCACCAGUAUUGACAAAUAAACAACAGCCUUCAUCAACUCCAAUCACAUCAUCAGCAGCAAGUGUAGCAACUAUAGCGUCUCAAAGUAUCCCUGUCAAAACUGGUAAUGGUACUUUAUCAACUACUUCCGCUGGAUCACCAACAACAGCAACAGUUUCACCACCAAACAUUGCCAGUAUUUUACCACCACCAAUAAACACCCUCGGGAAUAACUCCAAUGGGGCUGGUAGCAAUUCUGGAAAUGAUGUAUUUAAACAGUCUGUAUCUGAUCCUCCAAUUAAAGAAUUGAAACCAAUUAAUGAUUCCAAUAGUAAUAGUCCAUCACUACCACCACUAUCAUCAACGACGCCUGCAACUGGAAAUCCUAGUGAAGGGGUUAAACUUUCACCAAAUUCAUCAAUGACAAAUUUGAAAAAAUUGACAAUUAAAGAAGAUAAUAAUAGUGGUAAUGAUAUAAAAUUACCAAGUAUAACCACGUUAAAACGAGAAACAUCAAAAUCACCAUCUGAAACUAAUGGAGCAAUUGAUGAAAAAGUACCUACCAUUUCCAAAUUGAUUACUUAA